AUGCCUGGGACAAUCGACAGCGCGCAAGUCGGCUUUGUACCUGGUCGUGCGAUCGACACGGCACUCUACAUCUUAGCCGCAGCCAAGAUCGCAGCAACGAUUGACGAGCCGAUGCGUCGGUCGCUCGAGAUUCUGCUUGACUUCUCGAAGCCUAACGACUCGCUUUAA